AAUAAAUAAAUCUUUAAAAAAAAGAACAUAUAUUCAAUAAUGUCAAAAAUCCAAAGAAUGUUAAAUCAGAAAGAGACCACAGCAAUUUCUAAAGGCCGUUAUCAGACAACCCAUUCCCUAUGCAGUUUUUUACAUCCCCAUGCCCUGGGUUAUUGUGAAGUGCCUUUGCUUCCCAGGCUGCCUUGCAGAAAUGCAGUCCUGUAGCACCCUUAGCCAUAUAUGAACAAUUCCUCAAAGAAUGAGCAUAGCAUUAUAAAAAAUGGCAUGUAAUUUCCCCUACCAUGUGGUUGAAUCCCUUCCAACAUAUUUGAUCAUUCAGUACAGUGAUCAGUAUGUGUAGUUCUAUUUAUCCUAUAUAUUUUAAGUAUUUACUGGAAAAGAUGUUACAUUAUUGUAAGAAUGACAUAUGUAUGUAUUCUAGUGGGGUAAAUAGUUGAAAGUAUAACACUAUUAAAUGACUUUCAUUUCAAGUGUUUUGGUAAGAAAUGAAUUAAUUCCCACCUUUUAAGUUUCUUAAGUCACUGGAGAUAAGAAUAAACAAUGUUGGUCUGUUACUGAAAAGUUGUCAAGGUACUUUGGAUACAUGGCUUUAUAUAGAUUACAGGAUGACUCACUUCACUCUGAAGCUGUCAAAGCUGUCAGACGACCUGCCUUAUGUAGGGAUAUUGUCUAGUCAGUGUGAUUAGAAAGGAUUGAUGGGGAUGGAGAGAUGGCUCAGAGGUUAAGAAAGGAUUGAUGAUCUUGCUGUCCAUAGGAAUUGUUGCAGAUGUGGACUACACUAAGUUGGAAGACGGAAAAAUAAAGAGAUGAAAUUUAUUCUGAAGAAUGCAUAAAUCUUUUGAUAUUAGUGUUUCUCUGAGUAAUGAAAAGAGAUCAUGAUAGUGUAAUUCCCAUCUAAUUUUUGUUUUCUUAUGAACUGCUAAUCAAGAGCAUUUAGAGGAAAAAUUUCAAAUGGAUGAUUAUAAUCUCAAGUUAUUUAUAUUUAGCACAUAAGAGCUAAAAAGCAGAAAAGUUGGGCUGUCCUUUUUGUUUUUACUUUAGUACCUUUAGUGUAGGUCAUCUGGCGCCUUAAUGUCAUCUUUGCCUCGAUACUGCAGUCAUGUUUUUCAGUGCUACUGAACGUUGAGUUCGUGGAAGAAGGGAACUUUUCAUGGUGCGUCCUGGUUUGUCUAUGGGGUUAAUUUGGGACCCAGUCUGCCAUUGUGCCUAUCUGUCAGAACUCGCCAUAAUUUAAAUGUUUGAGGUGGAUGAUUAAACUGUUUUAAGGGACUAUCUUGUUUCCGAAGAACGUUUUAAGGAGAGAAUGUUCUUUUUUAACUCACUGCUGAUUAAUGAGAAAUAUAUAAAAUAUGGUAUAACCCCAUAAAUGUAAAUAUUUUAGAAAACAGAAAUAGAUUAUCCAUCUAUUAUUGUGAAUAUUCAUGGUAAUCCAGACCACCUUACCUGCGGUGUAUUUAUAUUUUUGCAGAAUGUCCUAAAAUGUAUAGAUUAUAUAAAAUUAUUUGCAAUUACAACAUAAUUGUUUUCAGACUUAAUUGUUUAAGGAUAUUUGCUACUUAAUGUUUGCAGCCACACUUUACCUACCCAAACCAUCCUAAUUUUACUAGGGCAAACUAAAGAUUAUCAGGUCUGAUGAAAUGUUUUCCUAUCCCUAAAGCUUAAAUUAUGGCAUUUUGGGCAUGGUUUAUAAUGCUUGUUUUUUUUUUUUUCAAAAUUCAUUUCACUUUGUUUUAUGUGCAUUAGUGUGAAGGUGACCAAUCCCGUGGAACUGGAAUAUAGACAGUUGUGAGCUGCCAUGUGGGUACUGGGAAUUGAACCCAGGUCUCUUAACCACUGAGCAAUUUCUCCAGCCCCCAUAAUGCUUGUUUUUGUCUGCCUUGUGUUAGUUACCUGUGUCUGUGUCUGCCUCUGUGCUGGCUUCCUACAAACCAAUGACUGCCUUUUAGUGUUUCAUAGCCCCUGUAUUUUCAGAAAAUGUGCUUGUUAAAGUUGUUGAUUACCCAUUCCCAGUUUUCUAAAUCAGACUUACAAAUCAGUCAGUGGUCCUAGGUUUAAACAGGGAAUCCGGCAGAUAUCAAUGAUGAGUUAAAGCUCUGUAUUCAACAUUACCAAGUUUUCGUGUUUAUUUUACUGUUUGGUCUGUAAACAGGAAAUUAAUAUCUUCAGUCUGCAAGAAUUGUUGAUGAGGAUUAACAAAAAUACUUCAUGAAAACAUUAAUUUUGGCGCUUAAUGUAUAGAAGACACUGAAUACAAUGUACGAAACACUGUUACUGAGCUAAACCUUGAGCCCCUUGAAGGCUUGUCCUUGGUCUUUAUAUCUCAGUCACCUAACCUAGCAUGUGGUAUAUACUCAAUAAACGCUGGCUGGUUCAACUGACUGAUUUCCCCUAUUUUAUGUUCUGUUACAGCCCACUGUUUGUAACAUGGAAGAUUGGUCGAGACAAAAGAUUGCGUGGAUGCAUAGGUACUUUUUCUGCCAUGAAUUUGCAUUCAGGACUCAGGGAGUACACACUUACCAGUGCCCUUAAAGACAGCCGUUUUCCACCAAUGACAAGGGAUGAGCUGCCACGGCUUUUCUGUUCGGUGUCUCUGCUCACUAACUUUGAGGAUGUCUGUGACUAUUUGGACUGGGAGGUGGGUGUGCAUGGCAUUAGAAUAGAAUUCAUCAAUGAAAAAGGAUCAAAACGCACCGCCACCUACCUACCGGAGGUUGCAAAGGAGCAAGGAUGGGACCAUAUUCAGACCAUAGAUUCCUUACUGAGGAAAGGAGGAUACAAAGCUCCGAUUACUAAUGAAUUCAGGAAAACCAUAAAGCUGACCAGGUACCGUAGUGAAAAGAUGACCUUGAGUUAUGCUGAAUACCUUGCUCAUCGCCAGCAUCAUCACUUCCAAAAUGGCAUCGGGCAUCCCCUUCCGCCAUACAACCAUUAUUCCUGACACUGAGCCGCACAACCAGUCACUGGGCCUCUCUGCAGACCUCUUCCCAGGAGACCCUCCACCUUCUUGGUCUAGCUAUCUCUUUUACUGUACCAUUUUAUGAUGAUAGUUUCCGUUGCCAUGGUGAAGCUUCGACAUUGUCAGUUAAGACCAUCAUGGUAACGGGUAGGAAAAUGGCAUUUGUUAAGAAGAUCUUGUUAUUAUUUUAGAUCAUUGAUUUUUUUUUUGCAGCACAUACAGCUUUUGGAGUUUUCUUUCCUUACAAUAUUAGGUAUAUUUUUGCUUUGCUAUCUCAGUCAGGUUUCUGUCUUUCUAUCCCUUUGCUUUUUCCUGCUUCCUCCUCCCUUUUGACUGUGGAUGGAAGAAAGUAUGCAGUUUUUGAGGAUUUAUUAGGUUUGUCUUUAGUAUUCCUCAGUAAGAUAGUCAUUUUUUGAUAGCUGAGUUGGGGAUUAAUUGAUAAACAAAUUCAGGUAUUUGUAUAUUACUCUUGAAUUUGCCUAAAAUUCUCUUUGCUAUGGUAGCUUUGUAUUUGGGUCAAGUACAUGUUUUUCCCAUGGUUAAAAUAAAUGAGCUUUAGUUUAAGUAAUGAACAUUCAAAGGUCCAUGAUAGGGCUUGUCACAGAGAGCAAAAAUCCAUUGACACCUUCUGUGCUGGUUAUCGUAGAAGAGACAGCUUAUCGAGUUAAAGAAUCCAUUUACAAUCUAAAACGCUGUUUUAGAAAAGUAUAAGCUACCUUUCAAAUGAGCUGCGGAAUUCAUUUGGAAAGGCAGCAAAUAUUAGGAAGAGAUGAGAUGCAGAUUUAGUGCCUUUGAGAAGACUGUAAGUCAAAUUAAGAAGGGUUUUAAAAAGGCAAUUUAGAGAAAUAUUCUUGUAAAAUUUUAUUGUUUCUAUAUAAGAAACAACAGAUUACAAAAAGUCCUUACUCCAAAGUAUUUUUUUAGGUGAAAAAAUUAUUUUGAGCAAAUAACCAAAAAGACACUUGUCUAUUUUGUAUUAAUUUAAAUUUGUUAGCUUUAGGUUUCAAUGAGUCAUAAUUGGUCAGAGACAACUUUAGCUACUAAGACAUGAUAAAGAUAAUCUAGUGAAACAAAAGUUCAUAUAUACUAUGAUUUCAAAUUUGUCUAUCAUGGAGACAAUGCUGAGUUUCAAAGAUACUAUAAAGAGUUUGAAUCUCUUUCUGCACUACAUACUUUUGAUAGAAACACAUUUCUAUGUUGACAGAUAUUAUGUUGGACCUGUGAAGAUGGCAUUCAGAUAUAUUAAUUAGAGCCCAGCUCAUUUGCAGGGCUAUUCUUCCCAUGGCACAAUCAAAGAAAACUUACUGAUGUCAAUGGGAAGCCCUUAUAUUUAUCCCCAGGAAAACCACAGGUGAUUCUGGCAAAUGAUGACCUUUGUUUAUGGUAAUAUAUAUAUAUAUAUAUAGGUAUAUAUAUAUAUUUGGGAAAAUAUAUAAUUUUUUUCAAAUAGAAAGUCAAUAUAACAAGUGGUGAAUGAAAUUAUGCUGUAGAAUGUAUAUUCUAAAAUUAUGACAUGCCGCUGAUUAGUGAAAUGGUCAAGCUUAUACAUUUAAUUGCUGUGAUAAAUGACAGACUGGUAGUUUAGAAAAUCAUUUUCUAGUUUGUAAGACAAUUGGAUGAAUUCGCUCAAAGUAUGCAGUUUCAGUUUUUGAUGAGAGUUCUUCAAAGUUUGGUAUUCCUUCAUCCACAGCAUCCAUUGUUGAAGUAACCAUUUUCAGUUAUGAUGCCUUAACUAAGAAGCCAAUUGCUAGCCUGAAAGGCAAUCUCAGUAGCCAAUUCUACUGAAUUCAGAGAUUCAUCAAAAAAAAAAAAACGUAAGCUUCUGGGCUUUAGAAUGGGCUUUUAAGUCCUGUUGUUUCUGCUUGGAAGCAUGUUGUGAUAGAUUAGUCUUUCGGUAUAAAAGCAAGCGGCUACCUGAUAUUUUCUUGCCCUUAUAGGGAAAGUGAGCACAAGCUGAAUGGUAUUGUCUGCUGCAAAAAAAUAAAUAAGUAAGUAAAUAAGAGAAAGAAAAAAGUAAGAAACAUACAAAUUGAAGAGAGACAGAAUAGACCAAUAUCGUUGUGAAAUCCAUCUUAUCCAUCAUCUCAUCAUUUCAACAGCUCCUCGUCCGGGGUGAGCUUAUGGCUAGUUUUUUUCUGUUGUUAUUGUUUUUAAAGAGAAGAUCUAUCACAUACAUAUAUGCAUGUAUGUAUACAUAUACUUACACAUGCAUACAUGCAUAUAUGUGUGUUUAUGUAUUUAACGGUGCUAAUCAAUCUUGAGCAGGUCACGUGACUGGUCAUGCGGACUCUAAAAAUCAUAUCAGAGUUUUUAAAAUCCUUGAUAUAUGCAGAUAUUAUACAGAUUUUCUUACCAGUGUAAUAAUGUUAUACUGAAGAAUAACCAUCCUGCAGGCUUCAAAGGACGAGGUCAGCAAUAUUUCCCACCAUGGCUUGGGGAAAAAGGAUAGUUUUGUCUCCUUUUGUAUUCAAGUUGAUGCACAGUGCAUUUUUGUGUCUAAGUAGCUGUUGACUAAAAGACUUUGUAGUGUAAAGGGUGUUAUACAAACUCUAAUGGUGUGCUUCAGACAAACAAAUGCUAGGCCCUUUCACUUUUGAUGUAUAUUACAAAGCUGUUAAAUAUGUGGUUUGAAAUAACUUUGAACAUGUGGAAAUAUGUAGCGUGUGUCUUUAACUCGGACAAAGAUUCUAAUUGCACAAGUUGUGUUCUAGCCAGUUGUGGUUUAUUUGUUCAGAAACACAAAUGUGAAUUGCACUCUUUAUCACCAGAAUAUUGUAUAAGUUCCGUGAUCUUUAAACAGCUCAGAAGUAAUACUUGAACUUCAUUUGAGUAGCACAAAGUUUACAGAUGCCCUUUUAAAUGUUAAUUAGUUCCAAGUUAAGUUUUCCGUUUUUUUUGUUGUUGUUGUUUUUUUCUUUCUUUCUUUCUUUCUUUUUUUUUCAAAUGCAACUGGGUAUUUUCUUGGAAAACAGUGUGUAUUCUAUUUUGGUAUGUAGCAAAAGGCUUCCACUUCUGGAAGGUUUUAUUGUUCUUAAACAAGGUCAGCCAGGUACCAGAUUCUAUAAGAACAAUUGCCCCCCCCCCUCAAGUGGCCUUCUGAUUGCACGAAUGUGCAGCUACCCUCUCUAAUCGCCCCCACCCAGAGGAGGUCAGUGAAAGCAAUGGAGGAAGUGCAAGGCUUGCUCUCUCCCCUCCCCCACACCUCACCUAGGAUGUCCAGUCCAAUGCAAAUGGUUCCAUUGCACAUCCAGCACACCGGAAGUUUGUAUACUGGCCUCUUUUCCUGUCUUCAAAUGUGCAAGAAUUCGAAACUGUCAUCUGGAAUAGGUUCCAUCUCUUACGUGUGUUAGAUCAAACCAAAGAAGCCCCCAGCCAUGCCCAAAUGCUGCUCCAAAAGCCUGCCUUCCGGUCCUUACAAAAACCUUGCAGGAUUAAAUGUGUUAACUUUUUUAUUUUUGUACAGUUUCUAAGUGAUUUUUUGCUAGUGACGUUAAAAUGAAUUAAGUUUAUUUGAGGAGUGUAAGCACCUCCUCCAUUUAAAUAAACUGGUGACUUUCCUUUUAUUUUUUACAAGUGGAAACCCAUUGUGUGCCUCUCGAUUUAAGGGUUUCUGAUUACAUUAUUCUUAAGACCAGCAUUGAUCCUUUAUAUACAAAGAUAUGUUUUCCUUGUUUUUUAUUACAGUUUCAGAAGAAAAUGAACCUUUUAUUUUGCUCCAGACCCAGUAACUGCGCUGGUACAUAGACGCACUGAGAAAAACAAAACAAACAAACAAACAAUACUUUUGUAACCACCUCUGACUGCUUUUGUAUAUCAAAGUUGAUUACUUUUGAGAUAUUUGGAUCUAGUUUCUAAGUUAUUUUAGUGUUUUAUAUGUUCCCCCAAAUUACUUUGAAUCGGUCACCAGCAUAAAGAGUUUUUGGUGAUGCAAUGGUGAGACUUGUAAUGAGCAUAAAGCUACCUGGAGUAGCUCUCCCUCCCCUUCUUAGUACCUGGUAUUUUGAUUACAGUGAGACAUCACGGAUUACCUGAAACCCAUUCAUUAUAACUAGGUCCUCCCUCCUUCCACACUGAAUUGCUUACUAGUUUGAAGAAGCUAUUGGAAGUGGGUAUUUUAUAUGACCUGUAUGGCUUUACAAUAUUAAAAAUGAACAAAAAAAGAAAAAAAUAUGAAAAGGUUUAUGUGGGUCUGUACGGUAUGGCUGUGGAAAGAUAUUGUAGUAGUUUUGACACUAUUGUUAUUACCUUUAAAAUCAUUUACCCAAUAAAAUGUUAAAACUAAA